UUAAAUCCGACUUUACACUUUUUUCAGGUUUUGAGGAGUUACUACAGUGCUGUCAUAAAGAAAAAUGCUAAGUUUCUUCCGGCGUGCCUGGUCAUCUGCUGAACAGCUCAAUGGCAAAACUGUGCUGAUCACAGGAGCCAACACUGGCAUCGGCAAAGAAACAGCCAAAGACCUGGCAAAGAGAGGGGCAAAGGUGAUCAUCGCAUGCAGGGACAUGGAGAAAGGACAGGAGGCCUUGAAAGAAAUCAUAGAAACGUCAGGCAGCGACAAUGUCAAGUGCAUGAAACUUGACUUGUCUGACACCAAGUCCAUAAGAGAAUUUGCUGAAGCCAUCAACAGAGAUGAGCCAAAACUCAACAUCCUCAUCAACAACGCUGGCGUGAUGAUUUGUCCUUAUGGGAAAACUGCAGACGGCUUUGAGACGCAGAUCGGCGUCAAUCACAUGGGUCACUUCCUGUUGACAUACUUGUUGCUUGACCUGAUUAAAAGAUCAGCACCAGCCAGGAUCGUCACUGUGUCUUCCGUGGCUCAUGGUUGGGGCUCCAUCAAUCUGGACGACAUCAACAGCGAGAAGAGUUAUGACAAGAUCAAAGCUUACUCCCAGAGCAAGCUGGCCAACGUCCUCUUCACCCGCUCACUGGCUAAACGGCUAGAGGGCACAGGUGUGACAACAUACUCUCUCCAUCCUGGUGCUGUUAAGACCGAUCUGCAGCGUCACGUCAGCGGCUUUUUGUAUGUUGUCAUGAUGGUAACCAAGCCUUUCUUUAAAAACCCUGCCCAGGGAGCUCAGACAUCAAUCUACUGCGCUGUGGAACCAUCACUGGCAAAUGAGACCGGUCAAUACUACAGUGACUGUGCUCCUACCAGCCCCUCUUCUGCUGCACAAGAUGACGACAUGGCGCAGAAGCUGUGGGAGCUGAGCUGCCGUAUGCUCUCCAUUACAUGGGAAUAAACCAACCUGGAAGGACAAGAAAAACUUUAGCGUGUUUCUCUGCUAAAUGCUGCAAUAGAGCUGAUUUCACCACCACUGCCUGCCUGGAAAUAAGGUGCAAAUGACCUCAUACACUUGCAUUCAGUUUUAUAUUUUUCCAACAAUUGUUUUGUGUGU